AUGAUGGAUGCCUCUCCUCUCCUCUUUACCUGCGUUAUGAGCAUAUCCGCAGCCCAUCUCUACCAGAACCAAGGGGAGAGUUCCUCUAUACCACUGAGCUUCCAAACAGAAGCAAUCUCACAAAUUUCCGGCGAGGUUGCCAAGAUAAAGACUGCUAUGCCGCCACAACCUCCUGGGAAUCUGGCUUUGGUUAGGCCAUCCCCAGGAUCGCUUGUCAAGGAUGACAUUCUUCUGGGAAUUAUUCUACUCGGCAUGACUUCGAGUUGGCAUGACCCUUCAUCCCUCGGCUUGUGUCACCUCACCGGAUCUCGGCAUCUCUUCAAGCUGUGGAUGACAGCGAGCGGCCUUGAAAGGCCCCUUAGGCCACUGUCGAUGACCCAGAACUUCAUUGUGUCCUCAAUGGUGUACUGGGAGGUUAUGGUAUCAUUUCUACUCCACCAAGAUUUAAAAGCAAUUUCGUAUCUCGACAUCUUUCUUGAUCCAGCCCCAGAGUUAUUAUCACAACCCUGUCCCUGGACCGGGGUGGCGACAGACAUCUUUAUCCGCCUUGCGAAGGUUGGAACAAUGGUUAGGAAACGGAGAAGCCUUCGCGGCCGCACACUUGCUGAGGGUGAGGCAUCAGGCCUCGUUCAGUUGAUCGAGGAGGCCUCGACUCUGGAACAAGCCAUUCUCAAAAGCCGAGCUCCCCUUAUUGGGUUAGUCAAAGAUACUGGCGAUCCUCGCUCUCCCCCAUCCCAUCUUGUCAAGAUGGCCCGCAGUUACCGACUUGCGUCCCUCAUUGAGCUCUACCGAGCGUUUCCAGAAAUCUCAAUCAGUUCGACCAGCAGAUGCGACGAGGUAGAAGAGACAGACAAACAUUCGCAGCUCGUCCUUGGCCUUGCAUUCGACAUAUUAGAGAUACUCGAGACUAUACCAGACAACUCUCGCACCAUCGCCAUCCAGAGUUUAGUCUACUUGAUAGCUGGAAGCACACUUGGACACUUCGUCGCGGCUGAUGGGCACCAACUGACAGUUGCUCAAAUCAGACAGAAUCAGUUGAUCAAAAAUUGGAGGCAGUUUGUUCGCAACAGGCUCUACAAGUCGUUUCUCUCCAUCGGCCUACACACCAUCAACCGCGUUGGCACAAUACUGGAGGAAGUCUGGUCGCGCAUGGAUUCGAUGGUGUCAAGCACUGGACAAGGGCAUGUCAUGGAUGUGCAUUGGAUCGAUGUCAUGACUGGAAAGCAGCUCGAGACUAUUCUCGGAUGA